UUAUUAUGAUGGGUUGUUGCCGUCUUGUUCUCACGUCUGUCUGUAUGUAGGCCUCCUUUACAUAUUCUAUGAUGCAUCUCUUCUCGACUCUACUCUCAUUGCAGUUUGGUGGGACCAGAAAGAAUUGGGUGUACAAAAUUUGAGUUAUAUAAAAAUGUAAUACAGUGAGAAGGUGAUGGAAUCUAGGCGGAGAUGUCCUGCAAGAAAGCAAGAAGGAACGACUGCGUUUGAGAAGAGCGUGACAAUGGGGUGGGCAAUAGCGCUUCAUGGAGGAGGUGGAGACAUUGCUCGUACCGUGACAUCAGAGCGCAGCGAGCUUGCCCAGGUUGGCCUUCGCCACUGCCUUGAAAUUGGAGUUGCCGCCCUCCGACAAUCCCGUUCAGCUCUGGAUGUGUCUGAACUCGUUGUACGUGAACUUGAAAACUAUCCAACUUUUAAUGCCGGUAAGGGAUCGGUUUUGACUGCAGAAGGCACAGUUGAGAUGGAAGCAUGUAUUAUGGAUGGUGUCACAAAACGUUGUGGAGCAGUUUCUGGUCUUUCUACUGUCACAAAUCCCAUUUCCCUUGCUCGACUUGUUAUGGAGAAGACACCUCACAUUUAUUUGGCCUUUGAUGGAGCAGAAAAAUUUGCUCGAGAUCAUGGUGUUGAGACUGCUAGCAUGGAAAACUUCAUUACCAAAGAGAAUGUGGAACGACUUCAACAAGCAAAAGAAGCUCAUAGAGUGCAGAUUGACUUCUCUACACCUACGGGAAGUAAUUGCCAUCAAGAGACAGUUGGGUGUGUGGUAGUUGACAAUCAAGGAAAUUGUGCAGCAGCUACCUCUACAGGUGGAUUGGUGAACAAGAUGGCAGGUCGAAUUGGAGACACUCCAAUUGUAGGAGCAGGUAAUUAUGCCAACCACCUAUGUGCUGUAUCAGCUACAGGUAGAGGAGAACAUAUUAUUCGAGCUACUGUAGCUCAUGAUGUAGCUGCGCUCAUGGAAUACAAAGGACUUUCUCUCAAGGAAGCAGCUGAGUAUGUUAUAGAACAUAUGGAGAAAGGAACUGCAGGCCUUGUUGCUGUAUCAAACAAAGGAGAAGUUACCAUGGUUUUCAAUACCAGUGGCAUGUUUAGAGCUUGUGCGAGAGAAGAUGGUUACUCUGAAUUGGGAGUACUGGCAUGACCUGUACUCUCUUUGCUUUAUAUCCUUUUAUGCUUGCUACCCAACUUCUUUAUGAUCGUAUGCAAUAUGCAUUUGCUGUCAUAAUUUCAGUGAUUCUCCAUAUGCUCUACUAAUAUAGCUUGAGAUAUGAAGUACUUUUGUAGCCUGCCCAUACUUAAAUUGUAUGCCAAAGGCUUUCAGAAUUAGAACAUACAUCCUUAAUGUACUAGUUGCAUUGGAUUGGACAAAGAAAACUAAUUGAGCAAUUACUAUAAUUAACUGAGGUUGUCAUAAAGAAAAAUUUCAAUUAUUGGUGAUCAGUCCCAAGAGACCUUUCUUUC